UACAACAUUAGUUGAGUCUUGAAGAGAAAUUCAAAGAGAGAAAGGCAAGAAACUUGAUACUCCCUUCUUUAAUCUCUCUCCCUCUCUCCUAAACUCUUCAUUAAGGGAAGGGGUGCUUCAUCUGGGACUUGUGUUUUUUCUUCAUUUGUGGUGUAGCUGGGGCUAUAAUUAUUGGGACUUGUAUCCUUUUCUUUUCCGACAAGAUAAAGCUGCUUACAGCAGCAAAGGAGAGAUAUAUACUACUUGUGAAACUAGAGAAGAAAUAGACGAAAACCGUUGAAGAUCAACUGCUUUACGGGGAAAAUGGUAGCUGCUUUGUCAGCCUGGCCUUGGGAGAACUUGGGCAUUUAUAAGUAUCUGCUAUAUGGACCUCUUCUUGCAAAAGUGCUGUGUACGAGGAUUCUAGAGGGUUCCUUCAAGGAUGAUUGGUGCCUCCACAUAUUGAUUAUAUGUGUUGCUAGAUCAUCUCUUCAUCAACUGUGGAGUAGUUACGUUAACAUGCUUUUCCUGACAUGUAAUCGCCGGAUUAAUCAACACGGCUAUGAUUUCAAGCAGAUAGACAAAGAGUGGGAUUGGGAUAACUUCAUACUUCUUCAAGCUCUCAUUGCAUCCAUGGCAUGUUACAUCGACCCACCAUUUAUUGAAAAUGUUCCUCUAUGGAACGCAAAAGGUUUUAUUAUCAUUUUGUCACUCCAUGUGGGAGUUUCAGAGCCCCUAUUCUAUUGGGUGCAUAGAUGCUUUCAUAAAAGCUAUCUCUUUAACCAGUACCAUUCAAUCCACCACUCUUCUCCAGUGCUACACCCUUUUACAGGUGCAACUGCAACAUUUUUGGAGCAUCUUGCUCUAACCACAGUCAUUGGACUUCCAAUAAUUGGGUCUUGUAUGAUGGGAAAUGGAUCAAGAAUCAUGAUUUAUGGGUAUCUCUUGGUGUUCGAUUUUCUUAGAUGCUUAGGGCAUUGCAAUGUGGAAGUUGUUCCUCAUCAAUUGUUUGACACUCUUCCCUCUCUUAGAUAUCUUCUCUACACUCCAACAUACCACAGCCUCCACCACACAGACAUGGGCACCAACUUCUGCCUGUUUAUGCCAUUCUUUGAUGCAAUAUGGAAGACACUUAAUAGUAACUCGUGGGAACUGCACAAGAAAACAAGCACGAAUGCAGGAAAAUACAGGAGGAAUAUACCUGAUUUCGUUUUCUUAGCUCAUGUGGUGGAUGUAACAUCUUCAAUACAUGCCCCAUUUGUUAUACGAUCUUUUGCUUCCAUGCCUUAUACGACUAGGCUUUUUUUGCUGGCUUGCUGGCCUCCAGCAUUUAUUGUUAUGCUUAUGAUGUGGGCAUGGUCUAAGACCUUCUUAAUCUCUUUCUAUAAUCUCAGAGGCAGGUUGCAUGAAACAUGGAGUGUUCCAAGAUUCGGCUUUCAGUAUUUCUUGCCAUUUGCUAAAGAGGGUAUCAAUAAGCACAUAGAAGAGGCCAUUCUUACGGCUAACAGGCUCGGGGUCAAGGUCAUUAGCCUCGCUGCAUUGAACAAGAAUGAAGCUCUGAAUGGUGGUGGUACGCUGUUUGUGAACAAGCAUCCAAACCUUAAAGUCCGAGUUGUUCAUGGAAAUACCUUAACUGCUGCAGUAAUUCUCAAUGAAAUCCGUGAGGACGUGAAAGAAGUGUUCUUAACAGGAGCAACUUCCAAACUUGGAAGGGCAAUUGCCCUCUACCUUUGCCAAAGGAGAGUAAGAGUCCUGAUGCUGACUUCGUCAAAAGAGAGAUUUCAAAAAGUUCAAAAGGAGGCCCCACUUGAAUAUCAAAGCUAUCUGGUACAAGUCACCAAGUACCAAGCAGCUCGUGGUUGCAAGACCUGGAUCGUGGGCAAGUGGAUCAAACCAGGGGAGCAAAGUUGCGCCCCGACAGGGACACAUUUCCAUCAAUUUGUGGUGCCCCCCAUUUUGCCCUUCAGAAGAGACUGCACUUACUGUGAUCUUGCAGCCAUGAGACUACCUGUUGAUGUUGAAGGGCUUGGAAAUUGCGAGUACACCAUGGACAGAGGAGAAGUCCACGCAUGCCAUGCAGGCGGUGUGGUUCACCUGCUAGAAGGCUGGGCUCACCAUGAAGUUGGGGCCAUUGAUGUUGACAGAAUCGAUCUGGUUUGGAAUGCUGCAUUGAAGCAUGGCUUGAAACCGGUCUCCAAUGUUGUCACCAGACAAAAUUCAAUGUGAAUGAAUGCCUUCGUACUAAGAAACAAAGGAUUUGGUCGCAACAAGAAAUAUUCCUUUGUUUUCUUCGUAUUAUAAUUUAACUGUAAAAAAUAAAAGUGGUUUCAAAUCGCAAUUCAAAUGCGAUAUAUAUUGUGACAUAUAUAUAUAUAUGUGUCAGACCACAUAUUCUUCAAUGAGAGUGGCCAGAAACCCUACCAUUAUCUUA